AUAUCAACACUUCGUAUCAAUUAUUUCAAUAUGACACCAUCAUCGUAUCUAGUAUUUGUGUCCGUCUUAUGUUACAUAAUAUCAACAUUUCAUAUCAAUCAUGUCAAUAUUGACUGAUACAGACACACAGAUAUAAGAUUCUGACAAGAGACCGACACAGACAAAUACAGACACGUACACACAUGUGAUUGAUUAUGUUCAAUUUAAUAGAUGUUUGUGUUACAUUCCUUUUGUCAUUGUACUAAAUGGGAGAUUAGGAAUCAAACAAAAUAACAAAUUUCACUUUUUGAUUUUUGUAUAGUUUAUUUUAUAAUAUAGUUUUUUAUUUUCUCUUUAUGUGUUUCUUUUCUUAGAUCAUUCAAAUUAUGAAACUCUCAACUCCAACUACAACUUGUUCAAAUGUAUCUCCAUCAACUUCUUCCAACACACCAAUGUGUAGCUCCAAAAGCACCACUACAGGUUGUCUCACAGCCAUCAUGCAUAAGAUUCUCUGUUCUGGAAAUCUUCCUAAAGAUCCAUCGAAUCAAGUUACAGAAUUUGAUUCAACAAACUCUGUUCUGAGUGGAAAAGAUCAAAACUUUGAUACCUCUGAGGAGAAUUAUGUGGCUGCUACUCCUCCUCCUCCAUUAGUGGCAAGGUUAAUGGGUUUGGAAUCAAUGGGAGAUAUACAGAUACCUUUUGCGUCGAAACCGGGAUCACUUUCGCGUAGCAAAUCGAUGAACUCUAUGGAUUAUUUGGGAGGAAGCAAUGGAAGUAUUCAGAGUCUGAAUCAUAAGAGGGUUAAUUCAACACUGUCAUUUAGAGAACCGCCGACUUUUCAAUUAAGCGAAAAUGAUAACUUUUUUGUGCUUAGCUUUGAAAAUGAAGGUGAGAAUGCUAAAGCAUUGAAAUCCAAUGGGAGAAAAAAGAAAACGGGUUGUUCGGAAUCGAAGCAGAAAGUGGAAGCAACUGAGAGAAGUGAACUGAAAGAGAAGGUGAAGGAGAAGAAGAACAUGAAGGAAAAUGUUUAUGCUGAGAAGAAUUUGAUUGAGAAAGAGAAAACGAGCAAAAGGGUAUCGAAUAAACUUCGAGAAAUCACUAAUACUUCGCGUCAGUUCAAGGCUUUGUCUGAAAAGAAGUGCUUUGAUUCAGAAGAAGUUGAAUUGUUGAAGCAAAAGAACUAUAACGAAGCUGUGGUUGGUGAAAAGCUGAAGAAGAGGAAGAGGAUUAGGAAGAAGAGAACAGAUUGUUAUGCAGAAAAGAAGAUAGAAACUGAAUGCAUUAAAUCAGAAGAUUCAAGUCCUGUUUCUGUUCUUGAAUUCGACCGCAAAUCUUGUGCAGCAGGCGUGGAUUCUGUUGCAGUUGGUUUGAAUUCGAGAAGAAAAUUGACACCGGAGCUUGAAAAGGGCAAGCAUAUACUUACGCGUUGCGAUGAUAAUUUGAUGAUUGACGAGAACAAGGAUAAGGAAAAUGAGAAGAACAAAUGUGAAGGAUCGAAGAAGAAAGAGAAGAAGAUGAAGAAGUAUAUAGAGAUUUGGAGUGAAGCAUGCAAGCUAGUUGAAGAUGAAUUGGGUGGUUCAAAGAAUCAAGUUGAUGCAUGGAUGAAAGAACAGUGUGGUCAUUUAGAGUCAGAAAUUUUUGAUCAAAUGUUGAAUGAAGUGGUAGGUGAACUUGUUGGGUAACACCACUCAAAACAAGUUAGUAACUUCAAAGUUUUGUAAAAAAUAUUAAACCAUAUGAAUAAAGAUUGGACAACAUUUCAAUUUA